AUGUCUACUCAGCUUACUUUGGCCUCGCAGGCCAACCAGGCCGAGUUGCUUCCGGUGCUUCUCGUUGCUACCUCCGUCAAUGCCGCUCGCCCCAGCCCGGUGAUUGCGAUCAACUACGAGAAUACAGCUCUUCUGCACGAGGGAGAAAAGGCCGUUGUGCAAUUUACCGGUGCCAGUGGCUCUCCCGUCUAUGGUACUGAGAAGGCCAUCCAGGAGCUGCGUGCUAAUUUCCCAUUCCUCAACAGCAAGGAUGAGAAAAUCGAGAACCAAUGGCUCUCGCAGCUCGCCUCUUUCACCGUCCUUGAUUUCAAGGCCGUCGAACCUCUGCUCCAGAAACUUGAUGCCUAUCUCAUGCUCCGAUCUUUCGUCGUCGGCUACGCACUCUCUACUGCUGACAUCGCGCUCUGGGGUGCCCUCCGAGGAAACCGGGUCGCCAUUUCUGCUAUCAAGAAGGGAACGCUCGUGAAUCUGACCCGGUGGUUCCGCUUUUUGGAGGAGCUUUGCCCUUGGGCCAGCACGGCUCUUGAGGGCUUGACCGCGGCAGCCAAGGAGAAGAAGGGUAAGAGCAGCCAGGGCGCUAACUACGACAUUGGCCUCCAGAACACCGAUAAGGGAGUUGUGACCCGUUUCCCUCCCGAGCCCUCCGGAUAUCUCCACAUCGGUCACGCGAAGGCAGCCCUUCUCAAUGACUACUUUGCCCACGAAAAGUAUGCCGGAACCCUCCUUGUUCGUUUCGAUGACACCAACCCCUCCAACGAGAAGUUGGAGUUCCAGGAUGCCAUCAUUGAGGACCUUGCGCUCAUGGGUAUCAAGCCCGACAAGAUGAGCUACACCAGUGACUACUUUGACGAGCUGUACCAAUACGCUCUUCAGAUUAUCCGGGAAGGAAACGCAUAUGCCGACGAUACUGAUAAGGAGACAAUGGCCGCCCAGAGAUUUGACGGUCUGCCCAGUAAGCGUCGUGAUGCCUCGGUUGAAGAGAACCUUGCUCGCUUCGAGGACAUGAAGAACGGCACUCCCGAAGGCAUCAAGUGGUGUAUCCGUGCCAAGAUGUCCGUUGACAACCCUAACAAGGCCAUGCGUGAUCCUGUCAUUUACCGCUGCAACCCUGCGGAACACCACCGCACUGGUCCCAAAUGGAAGAUCUAUCCCACCUACGACUUUGCCUGUCCCAUUGUGGACUCUCUUGAGGGAGUUACGCAUGCUCUGAGAACUAUCGAGUACCGGGACAGAAACCCUCAGUACCAAUGGAUGAUCGAUGCUCUUAAGCUCCGUACUGUUCAUAUCUGGGACUUUGCUCGCAUGAACUUCGUCCGGACAUUGCUCUCUAAGAGAAAGCUCACCAAGCUUGUCGAUCAGGGCGUCGUUUGGGGAUGGGAUGACCCUCGUUUCCCCACCAUCCGUGGUAUCCGCAGACGUGGUAUGACCGUUCCGGCUCUUAGAGAGUUCAUCUUGAGGCAGGGACCCAGCAAGAACAUCAUUAACCUUGACUGGACCCUUUUCUGGGCUACCAACAAGAAGUACAUCGACCCGGUUGCACCGCGCCACACUGCUGUUCUGAAGAAGGAUGCCGUCAAGGCCAUUGUCAAGGGUGCCUCCGAUGCUCCUUUCACUGAGGAAAAGCAGAAGCACGCCAAGAACGCUGCUGUUGGUACCAAGAAGGUUGUCUACAGCAACUCGAUCCUUUUUGAGCAGGAAGACGCCAAGACCUUCAAGCAGGAUGAGGAGAUCACGGUCAUGAACUGGGGUAAUGCCUUCGUCCGCAAGAUUGAGACCGACUCUACUUCUGGUCUUGUCACUGGACUUGAGCUCGAGCUACACCUGGAGGGCGAUGUCAAGAAGACCGAGAAGAAGGUUACUUGGUUGUCCACUGAUCAGGAACUGGUCCCUGUCGAAUUGGUGGACUUUGACUACCUUCUCAACAAGGACGCCAUGCAGGAGGAGGACAAGCUGGAGGAUAUCCUCAACCCCAAGACUGAGUUCCGCGAGAACGCCGUUGCUGACUGCAAUGUCGCCGAGCUGAAAGAGGGUGACAUUAUCCAAUUUGACCGCAAGGGCUACUACCGUGUUGACCAAGCCUACUCACCGGGCAAGCCGGCUGUUCUGUUCAACAUCCCUACCGGCAAGACUGGGAAAUAA